AUGAAUGAACUGCUUCCAUCAACUGACAACAUGCCUCCUGCAACAGAAUUCACCAACAUAUUUGCUGAGGAAUUGCCAGAGUUCGACUGGGAGAAUUAUCUGAAAGCCAGACCCGACUACACCGGUUCUACACUCUAUGACCGGCUCUUCGCUUACCAUGACGCCCAUUCUGGCUCCUAUGACACCGCCUACGAUGUCGGAUGCGGGCCCGGCCAGGUCGUGUCCGCCCUCGCUGAGAAGUUCAGCCGAGUCCACGGCAGCGACCCUAACGCCUUUAUCAUCAGCAAAGCCCGUGAGGCCUUCAAGGCAUUCAGAAACGUCAGCCUCGAGGUCGGCAAGGCGGAGGCCGUCAUCUCAGCCAACAAGGAUCGGGCGGGCACAGCAGAUCUCAUAACGGCCGCAGAGUGCAUCCCGCUGAUGGACAUUGACGCAGCCAUGUCCGCAUUCGCGAAGCUCCUCCGGCCCGCCGGCACGCUGGCCAUCUGGUUCUACGGCGGGCCGAUCUUCGCUAUCCCUGGGCUCGAUGAGCACAGCCCAGAGGUGACAGGUGUACAGGCGCUCUUCCAGGAGAUACUCAACCGCUCGUAUGACGAGUUCCGGCCUUUCAAGGGAAGCGUCCUUGAGAAGCCCUGCACUAUGAUUGAGUCAUGGCUGGACAAUGUUGCCUUUGAUCCUGCCCAGUUCAAAGACGUCGAACGUGUAAAGUGGAAUACGGACAGAGAGUUGCACAUGCUGGGUAGAGACGCAAUAGGUUUUGACAUGAAGCACAUCAACCUCAUUGGAGAAGGCGAGAUCGUCGUGGAUGAGGGAGUGGACAGGAGCUUUUUGCUCAGGGAGAAUGUGGAUUUCGAUUGGGCCAAGGGGUUCAUCGACUCUGCGAUUGCCAGAAAGAAGUACUACAUUACGGACGAAGUUGGAGAGAUGCUAGGACGCCUGGAAGCCAAAAUGAAAGGAAUAUGGGUCAACAAAGGCAUUUUGCUCAAGCGGCCGAACGAUGAUUUACCAUGA